UGGAUGAAGAAGACAAAAAGCACACACCACUUGCUCUGCCUCUUCCUGCUCUGUUGGAGGCGCAAAACCAAUGGUGGCCUCGCUCCGAUUAGAGUCUCCGCUGCCGUCGGCGUAUUAUUCGCACCAUUUCUUCCCUGUCAGUACCAGUAACAAUAGAACUACAAGUCAGCUUGAUUGGAGCCGGUGCCACUACCAACGGCGGCCUCCUACUUGCAGCCUAGAAGUGCAAAAGUUUCCUGUGAAAUCCAGUUCCGUGGUUCUUUACGCUUCUUCAGGCGGCAGCACUGCUCCCGCGGAUGAUGAAACUAUGGAACCUCCAUCUUCGCCGCCUGAAAGCUCCAAGGACCGCCGCAAGGUGGUACAAGUGGCCUGGGAGAAGCUGGUUCGCUGGUCCCGCUCUUGGCGCUCCAAGGCCAAAACAGACGUUCUUGAACGCGCUAACAAGGUGGUGGUGCUCGGAGGUGGAUCUUUUGGAACAGCAAUGGCUGCUCAUGUUGCAGAAAGAAAGGCCCAACUAGAAGUUAAUAUACUUGUACGGGAUCCUCAAGUAUGUCUAUCUAUAAAUGAGAGACACCAUAAUUGCAAGUAUUUCCCUGACUACCAGCUACCUGAAAAUGUUAUUGCAACGACUGAUGCCAAAGCCGCUUUGAUGGGUGCAGAUUUCUGCUUCCAUGCUGUACCAGUGCAGUUCAGCUCAGCAUUCCUUGAGGAGAUUGCUGCAUUUGUUGAUCCGGGCUUACCUUUUAUAUCCCUCAGCAAAGGUUUGGAGCUGAAUACGUUAAGAAUGAUGUCCCAAAUAAUUCCAAAAGCACUAAAAAAUCCUCGCCAGCCUUUUAUUGUUCUAUCUGGACCUUCUUUUGCACUGGAAUUGAUGAAGAAAUUGCCAACAGCAAUGGUGGUGGCAUCAAAGGACAAGAAGAUGGCAGAUGCAGUUCAGCAACUUUUAGCUUCUAGAAACAUGAGGAUUAGUACAUCCAGUGAUGUUACAGGGGUUGAAAUUGCAGGUGCGCUGAAGAAUGUACUUGCUAUAGCAGCUGGGAUUGUGGAUGGACUCAAUCUGGGUAACAAUUCAAUGGCAGCAUUAGUUGCACAAGGCUGCUCUGAGAUACGUUGGUUGGCAACAAAGAUGGGUGCCAAAUCAACAACCUUGACUGGCUUGUCAGGAAGUGGAGACAUCAUGCUCACUUGUUUUGUGAAUCUUUCAAGAAAUAGAACGGUUGGAGUUCGCCUCGGCUCAGGGGAAAGUCUUGAUGAUAUACUGAGUUCCAUGAAUCAGGUGGCUGAAGGUGUAUCAACAGCUGGAGCCGUAAUUACACUGGCCCAGAAAUAUAAGGUUAAAAUGCCAGUUUUGACAGCAGUUGCCCGUAUUAUUGACAAAGAACUGACACCGACUAAAGCAGUUUAUGAGUUGAUGGCCCUCCCUCAGGUUGAAGAAGUUUAAAACCUAUGGAUGGGUGGAAAGACAAACAAAAACUUGAUACUGCAGCAAUACUCUAAACAGAUAGUGCUAUUGUAAAAGGUUCCAGGCCGAAGUAUCAGAGCAGAAUCAUUUGUCUUCCGUUUUUCUGUUUCCGCCUCUUCCUUAAAUCUCUGAGACCGUUACUUCAAAACAUCCUCUUUAUGAGGUGAAGAAUUUUGUAGAAAACAUUUGUUUGUUGAUCAAUGCAAAAUAUUCCACGUAC